AUGCUUCAUAGAUUGCAGCAUCAUCGUAAACAUACUUUUGUCUCCUGCAGUUUCCAUGAAACUAGUGCAAAAACCUGCUUUUUAAUGCUUAAUAAAUUCAUGAACCUCAUUUCCAAAGAAAAACCAUAUGAGCCAGCCGUGUUCUUGCUAGAAGAAUGUUUUAAUUGCUUUGAGACUUUGUUUCUAGGCGAAGGAUCAGACGUGACAGUUCAUGCACUUGGUCAUGUUUGGCAUCUGCAUAAGCUUUACUUGCAGCAAUGCAAGUAUUUUGAGGUGCGUUUCCAGUGCCUUUAUGAAAAUCUUGACUUCGAAGAUGUGCUCUAUCUCAAUUUUCCUGACGAAAAUGUGACUCAAGAAGGUCUUCAUGCUGUUUUGGGCUCCCUGUAUCACAAUCAAAUAGAGCUCGAUCUGGACAACGCCGAAGGAGUACUGUCAGCUGCGUCAGUGCUGCAGCUGGAGAGUGUUUUGGAACGUUGUGGCGAUGCUAUGGCUGAGAAUCUUUCUGUCGAUAAUGCUUUGCGUUAUCUGAAUCUUGCAGAAAUGUAUGGAUUGCCACAGCUGAUUCCGAAUCUAGAUUCCAUAUCUGUGACGCCGUUCCCUGGAAGAAGUUAUAAGGUUCAAUGUUCAGCCUUGGCAAGCAUCUUGCGCCACAUUCUCAAGGAUAGUUGUUCAAAGACACUUAUCUUCGUCUCCGGCAAAUAUGAGCAUCCCUUAAAAACCUUUACACUCAAUAUCCUGCUAGUCCUGCAUUUUCAAGUUGGAUUCCAAAGUUCAUCGUGGGUCAGAAAUCUAGUGACUUCACAUAAUCAACCGCAUUCAGCGUGA